AUGACACAGCCGCCCGCAAAACGUUCUAGGCGAUCGCGGUCACAGAGGAAGCGGUAUGUCUCCCCUACGGACAUAACCGAAAGCAUACAUCAGGAGCUUGUAUCCUCUGGCACAAGAAAAGGAGCCAAACGUCCUCUCAGCGAUUUCGAAGCCGGCCGGGGCCCUGAUGUACUUCAGGAUAAACUUCAUCGACCUGAUCUGGAGGCCAAUAUCCGGGAGACGAGGUCACGGAACGCGCUCGUCCCAAAUUUCAAUACUCCGACGCGCGAUCCACGAUCCGAGGUGCAUACGUCUGUCCAGCACCCUCAACCAGCAGCAAAGAUGAGCCGACACGAGCUACAGUCUGCUGGCGAUACAUCUGAGACGCAGCCGGAUGGACUUCUUUCGCAAACCCGCCAUCUGGGGUGUCUUUUAUGGCCAAAGGUUGGGUUUGGAGAAGAGGCACCAUAUCCUCGCUGGCUAGUUGCUAAGAAUCCAGAGAAUGGCGGCUCAAGUGGCUUCUUCGAAACACGUUCACCGCCACAGAAGCUUUCUCCAGUUGCCUCUUCUAGCACGUCCGAGACAAAGAUAGGCGGUGGUCUCUGCAGCCUUGUAUGGGUCUUCGAUGCCGGCCCGUCUUCAGGAUGGAAUAAGCUGGAUGAAGACCAGCUCUAUGAGUACGCAUACAAGUGUCUUGAAGACGCACUGAGCCACCCUAGUUCUCGUGAACACUUCCGCUUCGCAGUGACCAAUCUGUUCCCGACGUCUAUCACAAACGUGUCGGAUUCUUUGCCGUUGAUGCCAACGGCGCCUAAGACAUGCUACCUGGGAACGCAGCCCGGACUGCAUGCGAUUAUAGAGGCCCCGACCAAUCUUGACCAGGCAACCUACUACUUUGCAAAAUACUCCCGUCCAGUGAUGGCAGUCAGCCUAACCCGCCCAGGUCUCCAUGCCAGUGAAUCGCAUCUGCAAACCAUGGCAACCAAAAUAUUCUACAACAUGAAGGGAACCUUGGGGCCACUGAGAACAGGUGGUGAGCCAGAUGAAACGUCCAAUCUGGCCGAUUACAAUAGUAUGGGUAGCCAGUCCACCGAUCAAUCAUCACCGUGCUCUCCGUUCAGAGAGCAGAACGACCCGGCAACAUUGCAAGAUAUCCCCACAACGGAGAGUCUUUCUUCUCUGCCUCCUGGUGAGUGGGAAUGCGUCCCUUCAAUCUUGUACCUUCACACCUGA